AUGAAGACCUUUAGUUGGGGGACCACCGGCGACGAGGUUGUCAAUGAGUUUGCCGAUAGAGUCGAGGGCAAGACAAUCGUUGUGACAGGCGCCAGCGAGAAAGGCUUGGGGGGAGAGACUGCGGUUGCACUUGCACAUGGCAAACCUGCGCACUUGAUCCUCCUGGCGCGCUCUCAAUCCCGAGUGGAGUCGAUCAUUUCGCGCAUCAAAGAAAUCAACCCGGCCAUCAAGGUCGACUUCGUCCCCGUGUCGCUCGACGACUUCGAUUCCGUACGGGCUGCCGCAGCCACCAUCAACGGCAAGAUCUCGAAGCUCGACAUUCUCAUCAACAACGCGGGGAUCAUGGCGAUCGAGAACUACACGACCAACAAGAACGGGAUCGAAAUCCAGUUUGCUACCAAUCAUCUGGGUCAUUUCCUGUUCACAAAACUCCUGUUCCCCAAGAUCCUUGCCGCGGGCCGUGGAGCGAGAAUUGUCAACUUGACGAGUCUCGGCCACAAAAUCGGCCCCGUUCGCUUCGACGACUAUAACUUCUCCGACGGCAAAGAAUACGACCCUUGGUCCGGCUACGGCCAGUCCAAGACGGCCAAUAUUCUCUUCUCGCUCUAUCUUGCCAAUAAGCUUCGUGACCGCGGAAUUCAGAGCUACGGUGUCCACCCGGGCGGCAUAUACGAGACACAGUUGGGGGUCCAUAUUACGGAUAUUCCCAAGGCACUCGGGGGCAUUGAAGCCGUCGCCCAGAAGAACACUGGGAGACACUUCCCUCUCGCGGAGGACAAACCAAAGAGCAUGGCGCAAGGUAUCUCCACGACUCUGGUGGCGGCGUUGGAUCCGAGAAUUGAACCACAGAGUGGCAUGUACAUGGCAGAUUGCCAGCCUCAGAAGACGUAUGAGUACGCAGAGAGUAUGGAAGGCGCGGAGAAAUUGUGGAAACUGAGUGAAGAGUUGGUGGGAGAGAAGUUUGCGAUCUGA